AUGGCCACAGUGGAGGCAGACUGGUGUCAUCUCGAUGUAAAUCUUCUCAGUUUGAUAUCACAACGAUUCGACAAUGAUCUUGAUCUCAUUCGUUUCCGAUCAGUUUGUUCGACGUGGCGGUGCUCUUCCAUCUCAAAUCACCACCGUCCUAAUUUAGUGCCCUUCAAGAUAAAACAUUUUGAGUUUCACUGUCCAUCAUCAUCCUAUUUCCUCUCAAAACACAGUCUCUUACUCAUCAAACCACCACCACAACAACAAAAUCUCCGUCCCUGGUUGAUUAGAAUUACCCAAAAUUCAUGUGGGGAAACACAACUCUUCCAUCCACUCCGCCCAUGUGAGUAUCCUUGCCCUUAUGAUUUUCCUUACGUGCUUGACUUCAACAAAUUCUCUCAUGUCGUCCAUUUGGGAACCUCCUUCAUCAUGGAAGAAGAACCAGAACCGACCGAGUCACAACUGUGCAUGGAACUGCUCCAGGAGAGAUUUGAAUUCCAUUACUUGAACUUACAAGAUGAAGCUUUUAAACAUGCAAUAGAAAAAAAGGAAAUGGAAAAUAAGGCAAUGGGAAUAAAGGUUGUUGCUGUCACGUACCAUGGGAAAAAUCCUCUCGCUCUUGUCACAUUGAACUGUGCCUGCCAUCCGCUACUGUUCCAUUGCCGCAAAGAGUGUUGGACGCCGAUCCCUUGCGUGUCAACGUACUUUCUAGACAUCUGCGUGUUUAAAGACCGGUUUUGUGCAGUUAAUAAAAUUGGCAGGACAGUUGCUUUUGGACCGGACUAUAGUGUCGAGUUAUUGGCUGAAUAUGUGGAUGGAGGGGACAUGAAAUUCCUGGUAGAGAGUGAGGGUGAUCAGUUGUUGCUAGUAGACAUAUAUGACUCUCAUUGUUUUGGUUUCCCCGGUGAAGAUGGUUUAAAGCUUGAUGUGUUCAGACUUGAUGAGAAGGAGAAGAAAUGGGUCAAGUUGGCGAGUUUAGGGGAUAGAGUUUUGUUCUUGGGGAAUGGAUGUUCGUUUUCUGCUUCUGCUUCGGAUUUGUCUGUUGUCAAAGGAAAUUGUGUCAUCUUUAGUGAUGAUGCAUUCUACGAUUUUGACCAGAUGCUUUGUGGGAUGUGUGUUUUUCACUUGGAUCAAUGUUGGGUUUCCCCUUUGUCUGAUUAUCCUGAGUACUCCACCUCGUUUUGGCCACCUCCGGAAUGGAUCGUCAAAAGCUGCAUUCAUGAAAAGAUAAAAAGAGAAGAAGAGAAAGAAAGAGGACAUGGAACAGACAAAACAUCGGGUUUAUUGGCAAAACUUGGCACCAUGCAAAUUUAA